AUGCGGUGCGUCGUUUUGCUGCAGCUGGCAGUAGCGGUCUUCCUGCUGCUGCCUGGGCAGCCAGAGACGGCCGCGGGAGGACAGGGACGCAGGGUCGUCCGCUACCGGUGCCAGUACCUGCGCACCCACAACCGAACCAAAAUCGUGUGCAGCCCGAUCGAGGUGUCCCAGGCUCAACCCGGCACCACCACCUCCAUAUCCAUGCAGCCGGAGGCCUUCAACGGCCACCGCGCUCACAAGGGUCGCGUGUGCCACAAGCUGCGUGAGCUCGCUGAGCGGCUGGCACCGUUCGAGGGAGGCGCCUGGAAGUACUGCGACCCCAGCAGCUGCCUGCGAGAGGCUCCAAGCAGGGCGGCCGUGUACUGA